AUGGCUCCCAAGAUCGCAAUCGUCUUUUACUCCAUGUAUGGCCAUAUCCGCCAGCUUGCCGAGGCCGAGAAGGCCGGUAUUGAGAAGGCCGGCGGAACUGCCGAUCUUUUCCAGAUCCCCGAGACCCUCCCCGAGGAGGUGCUGACCAAGAUGCACGCCCCUCCCAAGCCGACUGACAUCACCGUGCUCAACGACCCCAGCGUGCUUGAGGGGUAUGACGCCUUCCUCCUAGGCAUCCCGACCCGCUACGGCAACUUCCCCGCCCAGUGGAAGGCCUUCUGGGACAAGACCGGCAAGCAGUGGGCGACGGGCGGUUUCCACGGCAAGUACGCCGGCGUCUUCAUCUCCUCUGGCAGCAUGGGUGGCGGCCAGGAGACAACGGCCAUCAAUGCCCUGAGCACCCUGGCCCACCACGGCAUCAUCUACGUUCCCCUCGGCUACGCCAAGGCCUUCGGCACCUUGUCGGACCUGUCCGAGGCCCGCGGUGGCAGCCCCUGGGGCGCCGGCACCUUUGCCGGUGUCGACGGCAGCCGCCAACCCUCGGAGAAGGAGAAGGAGCUUGCCACCAUCCAGGGCGAGGAGUUCUACAAGACGGUCGCCAAGUCCUUUGGUGCGUAA